AAUUUCGUAAAUAAAUAGUGAAUUUAAAUUAUAUUUUGUACUUCUUUUUUGUUUUACAUGGAUAUAAAUUGAAAAUUACAUAUCCUCCUUGUAUAAUUCAGCAUGUUCUUGGCAGCAUACAUUUAGCGCUUAUUCAAUAUUUAUUACAACUCCUCACGUACUAGAACCAUCGGUCAACCAAAAUUGUGACUUAUCAGAUCACUUGUUUUUCAGGUUCUACUUGUUGGCGACUCGGCUGUUCAUCUCACUAUGAAUGACAAUAUAGAGAAUGAUGAAUCCACUAUACUGAAAUUUGUCCAAGACUUUUUUGCUAACUAUGACAAGAACCGCCAUAUACUCCACACAUUGUUCCCAGAAGAUGGUACAUUUAUUGUACUUGGCAAUCGUAUGUCAGGCCAUUCAGCAAUUCAACAAGCCAUGUUAACAAUGGCUACAACAACUCAUCAACUCUUCAGUAUCGACAUUGUAACUCUCGAUAUGCAGUUACCAGAUAAAGUUCAAAUGUUCCAAGUGUUGUGUGCAGGUGACGUUGAAUUUGGAAAUGAUGGACAAAUACACGGCUUCACUGCUACUCUUUUAGUAUAUUUUUUAAAGCCCAGUAUACUGAAUGUUGUAUCGUUUAGCGAACGAUGUCAAUGGCCUAAAUUGUCCUAGUGUUAAGUGAAUAAAGAAAUUUAUAAAAUACCAAAAAGUUACAUAAAAUGUUUUUUAUUUCAGAAUGUUCUAAAUAAUUAUUUUGUUUCAUAAAAACAAAAAAUGUAUUAUGAACAAAAAUAGUAUUAAGCAUUGAAUUAUGUAUGUUCAGACACUUCAUGUGAUAUAACAAUAAAUGUUAAACUUUAUGUACAAAAACAAAA